UUUUUUUUUUCGUGAUAUUCAUAUACUGCAUAAGAUACAUUCAACAUUCUAAUUAAUCUAUCAGUAUUAAAAAUCGUGUACACAUUUUAUUUAUUUUGAUAUUCAUACGUUAAUAUUAAAUCUUGUUAUAAUUUUGAAUAUAAUGAUAUAUUUAUAUAUAAAGAGAGAGAGAGAGAGAGAUAUGAAAAUAUCAAUAAAACCUGCAAUGAAGUUAAAGUAUCAAUACAAAAUUUCAAGCUUAAAUAACAAAUAUAAAAAAAACAUAGCAAACGUUUGGGCUUAGUAAAACGCUAUACACAAAGUAUAAAGGAUAAAAUAGAAGUUAGAAAUGUAUUUUUUCGUAAAUGUGAAAUUAGAGUUAUAAAAAUAAAUUUAAAAAUUUAUGAAAUCGCUCUUACGUGACAUUAAUCUAAACCAAAAAACUAACGGGAAGACAAACUACAUAUGAUGUCGUAAAUAAAGUCAGCUGUUUGGUGCAUUGCAUCAGUCAUACAAGAAAUCAACGAGCAUUACCUCCAUGCCAAUUAAUAUUUCUGUGGUAAUUACGUAUUCGUGUCUCGGUAGUAUCAGACGACGAUAGGGAUUAUCUGCGAGCGAACAGACAAGACGAACGUAAGUCUUGAAUGGGGUAUCGCGAAAACAGGCGCUGAAUCUCACUCUGACGCAAAGGGUAUGCAAUACUUGCGCGAGAAUGCAUCAUCCAGAAGCAUCAGGAAAACAAUGAAAUAUCUAAACGAUUGCAGAUUACGCGCGACCCCCUAAUCGAGGGGGCUUUUCCAUCGUGGUAUAUAGAGGUGUCAGGAACAUGGACUGACAUGCAGAAGCCUCCUGUGGCAGUAAGCAGUAUUUUCUCCCGCUCUUCGUGAAACUUUAAAGUUAACGUUAAACCUCAACCAUGAAUCCCCUGUCGAACAAGAUCGCCCUCGUCACUGAUGCCUGCGCUGGCAUUGGUAAAGCGAUCGUGCAGGAGUUGGUCUCCAAGGGACUCAAAGUCAUUGGUCUCGGUCGCGACUUGAACAAGCUAAAGAUGCUCGCAGAGGAACUGAAGGGCAAACCUGGCAAGCUCUAUCCUCUUCAGUGCGACUUGAGCAUUCAAAACGAGAUCGAAGGCGCUUUGGAAUGGAUAGAGAAGAACUUGGGGUCUGUGGAGAUCCUGAUAAACAGCGCCGGUAUCAACGUGGAUUCGUCCAGCAUCAACGGUGGAGUAGACGAGCUCAAGAAGACUCUCGACAUCAAUGUGCUCGGCUUGACGUGUAUUACCAAGGGAAUUCUGCAGCUGAUGAAGAAUAAGGGAAUCGACAAUGGCUGCAUCGUUAACAUCAACGAUGUAUGCGCUACGAAGAACCUGCCUCUUGCCUCCGACCGACCAAUCUCCCCGGCAUACGCUUGCAGCAAGAACGCCUUGACUGCGCUGACCGAGUGUCUCCGUUUGGAAUUAGCGCAGAAUGAGUCCAACAUUAAAGUCAUCAAUAUUUGUCCGGGCUUGGUGGAGAGCGAGAUUACCCAGCAAUGGCUGAAGGAGAAUCCGCGAUUGGCUCUGAAACCGAAGGAUGUAGCAGACGCUAUCCUAUACUCGCUGCAAACUCCGGAGAAUGUGCUCAUUAAGGAUCUCAUUAUUACGCCCAUUCGAGAAAUUAUUUGAACGAGCAUCAGACGAAAUCGUUAUAUACGAUGAAUGUAGAUCAAAUGAUCGAACAAAUAAAGCAUUUUUCAAAAAUAGCUAUACAAAAUUACAUUAGUCCUUUUAUUAAUGAAAUUGACAAAAAUCUCAUGUACAAGCAACAAGGUUCUUAAUAAAAAACAUUGCAACUUUCUUUACAUUUUCAUGUAUUUAUUAUAUCACUUUAACUGCUGCAUGUGUCUACAUUGUUUAAAAAUGCGUCUUAUUGUAACAUAAAUAUCAUUAUAAACAAAUUAAAUAUGAGUAUAAACGAGUUAAAAAGUGAUUAAUUACAUGAGUAAUUAUUACUUAAAAACUUUCAUAUAUAAAUGCUCAUACUUUUGACAUUUUACAUUAGGUAUUUAAUUUCGAAAACAUAGAUAUAUCUCAUUUAUUCAAACUCAUGUAACAGCAAAGUUGUGACUUACUUGUGUGAAACAAACUAAUGAGAAACGUUUAAACUCGAAGUUUUGCCAUGACACUUACCUGAAAA